AUGGCACCCCUCAAGCUAAACAGCAAGAACCUACCCCAAAUUGCCACCGCGGGCGAUGGAAAUGUCCAGGUCCCUACUUACAAGCGCGAUGGCGCUGUCAAGGAGGGAAUCGUGCACGUCGGUGUCGGUGGCUUCCACCGAGCUCACCUGGCAGUUUACGUCGAUCAAUUGAUGCAGAAGCACGGUGUGACUGACUACGCCAUCUGCGGUGUCGGCUUGCAACCCUUCGACGCUACCAUGCGCGACGUGUUGAGAGAACAAGACCACCUUUACACUGUGAUUGAGCGUUCGGCAAAGGGCAGCUUUGCUCACAUUGUUGGCUGCAUUAACUCCUACCUCUUCGCACCCGAUGACCGCGAAGCCGUCAUCGCCAAGAUGGCACACCCUGAUACCCAUAUUGUCUCCCUCACCAUCACCGAGAGCGGCUACUAUUACAACGAAAACACACACGAGUUGAUUAGUGAACACCCCGAUAUUCAGUUCGAUAUCGACCCCGCCAACGAGAAGACCCCCCGCACCACAUUCGGCUUCCUCUACGCCGCCCUUGCCCGCCGUCACAAGGCAGGCCUCAAGCCCUUCACCGUCAUGUCGUGCGAUAAUAUGCAGAAGAACGGUUCCAUCACACGUCACAUGCUUCACUCCUUCGCUCUCCUGCGCGAUCCCGAGGUUGCCAAGUGGAUUUACGAGCAGGGCGCUUUCCCCAACGCCAUGGUCGACCGUAUUACCCCUCAGACAUCAGCCGCCGACAAAACGGCGCUGGCUAAGGACUUCAGCAUCGAGGAUGCAUGGCCAGUCGUCACAGAGCCCUUUAUGCAAUGGGUCAUCGAAGACCAGUUUUCCGACGGUCGCCCACCAUUUGAGAAGGUUGGUGUCCAGGUUGUCAAGAACGUGCACGAUGUCGAGCAGUUUGAGAAGCACAAGCUCCGUCUGCUCAAUGGCAGUCACUCCGCCAUCGGCUACCCCGGUCAGAUGGCCGGCUUCAAAUACGUUCACGAGGUGAUGGAGAACCCGCUGUUCCGCAAGUUGGUGUGGCAAAUGAUGCAGGACGAAGUUAAGCCCUUGUUGCCUGAUAUUCCGGGCGUCAACAUCGACGAUUACUGCGAGACGCUCAUGGGCCGUUUCUCCAACCCCACAAUCAUGGACCAGCUGCCUCGCAUCUGUCUCAACGCUUCUGGCAAGAUCCCUCAAUUCAUCAUGCCCUCGAUUGCUGAGGCAAUCUGGGUGACUGGCCCGUUCCGCCGUCUGUGCUUUGUCGCAGCCGCUUGGUUCUGUUACGUCAAGGGUGUCGACGACAGCGGUAACAAGUUCGAAGUCAACGACCCGUUGGUUGAAGAGCUUCAGACUCGCGCUCACGCUGGCGGCACCAACCCCCUUGAACUGCUCCAGAUGAAGAACCUUUUCGGUGACGAUUUGCGCGGUGAUAAGCGAUUCCUCGAUGAGACCGCUAAGGCCAUGGAGGACAUUACGCGGGAUGGCGUCUUGAAGACACUUCCCAAGUACCUGGAUUAA